UUUGGUUAUCCAUUUGUCUCGCCAUGGCUGGUCUGCUGGAAACCCGGAUCCAGCUCCGCCCGCUUCUCCGAGUUCAGAGGACUCAAGAUCCAGUCCACUCGCUCAUCGGCAAAGCUCAGGUCCACAUCCAAACUCGCUCGCCGUGGUAGUAGAAUCGUCUGCGAGGCGCAGGACACAGCUACUGAAGUGCCUGCUGUUACUGAUUCAAGUUGGCAGUCAUCUGUGCUCGGAUCUGAUUUACCCGUUUUGGUUGAAUUUUGGGCACCGUGGUGUGGGCCGUGUCGCAUGAUCCAUCCCGUCAUCGAUAAACUGGCUAAGCAAUAUGCUGGAAAGCUCAAAUGCUACAAAGUUAACACUGAUGAGAGCCCUUCAAUUGCAACCCAGUAUGGGAUCCGAAGUAUUCCAACCGUCAUAAUCUUCAAGAAUGGGGAGAAGAAAGAUGCUGUCAUCGGAGCGGUUCCAGAAUCAACAUUAACAAGCUGCAUAGAAAAGUUCUUGUAGAAUGGACAAUAAGUGUAUACAUAUGUUCUCAGGGAAUAUCAAGCUCUCUUUUAUUUGUUUCUUUCCUUCAGCAUAUGACAUUGCAAAAAAAAUGGCUCCAAUAAACCUUAUAAGCUCCUGUAUAGUUGAUGCCGCUGUCUUUUGUUUUUCUUGUUCAAGAUAAUGUUAGUUGUUAAUGAUUCAUACUUAUAAUGCUGGCUUCAUAUUUCUAUGAACGAGUUUGCGUUCA